GUGUGGAGGCUUCAGACUCCGGCGCCAUUUAGCGCGGAGAGUUUCCCGGGCGGACGCUGCUGUUCUCCUUCGGCCAAUCGUACCCCCAUCUUCGGUGACAGAAGGCGCCUAGUGGGGGUGACGGCUCUUUUCUCUUCUUAUCCCCUUCUCCCGGUCUUCUCGGUCUCCUCUACUCUUGGCCCAGAGAAGCAGCGGAGCUCGGGCCCGCGGUGAGCGGCCCUCCCCUCCCCACCGUUCCCAUCCCUCCGUCAGCCCCCGGCACCGGCCCGGGAGGGGACGAGGGUUUGCCAGGCCCGGGGCGGGCGGGGAGGCCUCGGGGAAGGGGGGGCCCGCUCCUCAGGCGCCGAGGCUUCGAAGCUUCGGCUCCCGGCAUCUGGGCGAUGGGCUCCCUGUGAGACUGGUCCCCCUCGCUGGGGGCGCGUGCGGCAGGAGGCGGCUGCCGAGUGACCGGAGCCCGGGCCGCGGCCCUCCCUCGUCCUGCUCGGCCCCUCCCACCCCUGUGCCCUGGGGCUGCCACCGCCCGGGCGUCGGAGCUCGUCCCUUCCGCGCGGUGCCGCCGCCCUCAGGGCCUAGCCCGCCCUACUCGGCGAGCGCCGGCGGCGGGACCUGAGCGGUCGCCGCAUCCGCAGCAUCCGCCUCGUCUCACCUCACCUCGCCUCACUUGGGUGCCGGCUUCCCUCACCCUGCCCCUCAUGACUGCGGCGCCUCUGCUGCCACAGCCCUGCCGGCCACCGCGCGCCGCAGGAUGGAUGCGGACCGUGCGGCGCUAACCCUAGUGGCUCAGCUCCUGAAUCUCCCGCCGACGAGCCUGCCUCGUGAGCCGCAGCAGCUUCGGUGCCAGCAGCAGCAGCCGCAGCUGGGCCCAGUGUCCCGUGUUGCCUUCGGGGCGCCUUGUCAGUGCUGAGUGGGGAGUCGUCCGGUCCGGGUCGCUCCGAACCCGCUGUAGGAGCGGUGUCCUGCAGACCUUCGCGGCUCCUGCGGGUGGUCCUUUCUUCCUCUUUUCAUUCACAUAUCCAGCCGGCUCGCCUCACCCAGCGUACCAACCAUGUCUGGCGGCGCUGCAGAGAAGCAGAGCAGCACUCCAGGCUCCCUGUUUCUCUCGCCGCCGGCACCGGCCCCCAAGAAUGGCUCCAGCUCAGAUUCCUCCGUGGGCGAGAAACUGGGGGCUGCGGCGACCGACGCUGGAACUGGCAGGACGGAGGAGUACCGGCGCCGCCGCCACACUAUGGACAAGGACAGCCGUGGGGCGGCCGCCACCACUACCACCACCGAGCACCGCUUCUUCCGACGGAGCGUCAUCUGUGACUCCAAUGCCACUGCAUUGGAGCUGCCCGGCCUCCCUUUCUCAGUUCCUCAGGCCGGCGUCCCAGCGGUUGUUCCGCAGAGUGCUCCGUCAGAGCCCCACCGGGAGGAGACCUUGACUGCUACCGCCGCUUCCCAAGUGGCCCAGCAGCCCCCAGUCGCUGCUGCCCCUGAGGAACAAUCUGUCGCGGGCCCUGCCAUCUCGACUGCCCCAAGCAGUACCAGCAAAGACCGCCCAGUUUCCCAGCCCAACCUCGGGAGCAAAGAGGAGCCACCGCCGGCGAGAAGUGGAAGUGGUAGCGGUGGCGGCAGCACCAAGGAGCCACAGGAGGAACGGAGCCAGCAACAGGAUGAUAUCGAAGAGCUGGAGACCAAGGCCGUGGGAAUGUCCAAUGACGGCCGCUUUCUCAAGUUUGACAUCGAAAUCGGCAGAGGCUCCUUUAAAACAGUCUACAAAGGCCUGGACACUGAAACCACUGUGGAAGUCGCCUGGUGUGAACUGCAGGAUCGAAAAUUAACAAAGUCUGAAAGGCAGAGAUUUAAAGAAGAGGCUGAAAUGUUAAAGGGCCUUCAGCAUCCCAAUAUUGUUCGAUUCUAUGAUUCCUGGGAAUCCACAGUAAAAGGAAAGAAGUGCAUUGUUUUGGUGACUGAACUGAUGACAUCUGGAACACUUAAAACGUACCUGAAAAGGUUUAAAGUGAUGAAGAUCAAAGUUUUAAGAAGUUGGUGCCGGCAGAUCCUUAAAGGACUUCAGUUUCUUCACACUCGAACUCCACCUAUUAUUCACCGGGAUCUUAAAUGUGACAACAUCUUUAUCACUGGCCCUACGGGCUCAGUCAAGAUUGGAGACCUUGGUCUGGCAACCCUGAAGCGAGCUUCUUUUGCCAAGAGUGUGAUAGGUACCCCAGAGUUCAUGGCCCCUGAAAUGUAUGAGGAGAAAUAUGAUGAAUCCGUUGAUGUUUAUGCAUUUGGGAUGUGCAUGCUUGAGAUGGCCACAUCUGAAUAUCCAUACUCGGAAUGCCAAAAUGCUGCGCAGAUCUACCGUCGAGUGACCAGUGGAGUGAAGCCAGCCAGUUUUGACAAAGUAGCAAUUCCAGAAGUGAAGGAAAUCAUCGAAGGAUGUAUAAGGCAAAACAAAGAUGAACGAUAUUCCAUCAAAGACCUCUUGAACCAUGCCUUCUUCCAGGAGGAAACAGGGGUACGGGUAGAAUUAGCAGAAGAAGAUGAUGGAGAAAAGAUAGCUAUUAAAUUAUGGCUGCGUAUUGAAGAUAUUAAGAAAUUAAAGGGAAAGUACAAAGACAAUGAAGCUAUUGAAUUUUUUGACUUGGAGAGAGAUGUGCCAGAAGAUGUUGCUCAAGAAAUGGUAGAAUCUGGGUAUGUCUGUGAAGGUGAUCAUAAGACCAUGGCUAAAGCUAUCAAAGACAGAGUGUCAUUAAUUAAGAGAAAACGAGAACAGCGGCAGUUGGUGCGAGAAGAGCAAGAAAAAGAGAAAAGGAAAGAGAGCAGUCUCAGACAGCAGGCUGAACAACAAUCAAGUGCUUCCCAGACUGGAAUCAAGCAGGUCCCUUCUGCUAGCACUGGCAUACCUGCUGCUUCUGCCACUUCAACUUCAGUUUCUACACAAGUAGAACCUGAAGAGCCUGAGGCAGAUCAACAUCAACAACUACAGUACCAGCAACCUAGUAUAUCUGUAUUAUCUGAUGGGACAGUUGACAGUGGUCAGGGAUCUUCCGUCUUCACAGAAUCUCGAGUGAGCAGCCAACAGACAGUUUCAUAUGGUUCCCAACAUGAACAGACACAUGCUACCGGCACAGUCCCAGGGCAUACAGCUUCCGUUGCCCAAGCAUCUCAGCCCCAUGGAGUAUAUCCACCCUCAAGUAUGGCACAGGGGCAGAGCCAGGGUCAACCAUCUUCAAGUAGCUUAGCAGGGGUUCCAUCUUCCCAGCCCAUCCAACAUCCUCAGCAGCAGGGAAUACAGCAUACAGCCCCUCCUCAACAGACAGUACAGUAUUCACUUCCACAAACGACAGCCUCCACUGAGGCCACGACUGCACAGCCAGUGAGUCAACCUCAAGCUCCACAGGUCCUGCCUCAAGUGUCAGCUGGAAAACAGCUUCCAGUUUCUCAGCCAGUACCAACUGUCCAAGGCGAACCUCAGAUCCCAGUUGCAUCACAAUCCUCAGUUGUUCCAGGCCACUCUGGUGCUCAUUUCCUUCCUAUGGGACAGCCACUCCCCACUUCCUUACUCCCACAGUACCCUGUCUCUCAAAUUCCCAUAUCAACUCCUCAUGUGUCUACAGCUCAGACAGGUUUUUCCUCCCUUCCCAUUACAAUGGCAGCUGGCAUUAAUCAGCCUCUGCUCACGUUGGCUUCAUCUGCUACAGCAGCUGCGAUCCCAGGGGGAUCAACUGUGGUUCCUAGUCAGCUUCCAACCCUUCUGCAGCCUGUGACUCAGCUGCCAAGUCAGGUUCACCCACAACUUCUACAACCAACAGUUCAGUCCAUGGGAAUACCAGCUAACCUUGGACAAGCUGCUGAGGUUUCACUUCCCUCUGGAGAUGUUCUAUACCAGGGCUUCCCACCUCGACUGCCACCACAAUACCCAGGAGAUUCAAAUAUUGCUCCCUCUUCCAACGUGGCUUCUGUUUGCAUCCAUUCUACAAUCCUAUCCCCUCCCAUGCCUACAGAAGCAUUGGCUACACCAGGUUAUUUUCCUACAGUGGUGCAGCCUUAUGUGGAAUCAAAUCUUUUGGUUCCUGUGGGCGGUGUAGGAGGACAGGUUCAAGUGUCCCAACCAGCAGUGAGUUUAGCACAACAACCCCCCACUACAUCCUCCCAGCAAGCAGUUCUGGAGAGUACUCAGGGAGUCUCUCAGGUUGCUCCUCCAGAGCCAAUUCCAGUAGCACAGCCACAGCCUACCCAACCUGUCACUUUGGUUUCCUCUAUAGACAGUACACAUUCAGAUGUUGCUUCAGGUAUGAGUGAUGGCAAUGAGAAUGCCCCAUCAUCCAGUGGAAGGCAUGAAGGGAGAACAGCAAAACGGCAUUAUCGAAAAUCUGUAAGAAGUCGCUCUCGUCACGAAAAGACUUCACGCCCAAAAUUGAGAAUUUUGAAUGUUUCAAAUAAAGGAGACCGGGUUGUAGAAUGUCAGUUAGAGACUCAUAAUCGGAAAAUGGUUACAUUCAAAUUCGACCUAGAUGGUGACAACCCUGAGGAGAUAGCAACAAUUAUGGUGAACAAUGACUUUAUUCUAGCAAUAGAGAGAGAGUCGUUUGUGGAUCAAGUGCGGGAAAUUAUUGAAAAAGCUGAUGAAAUGCUCAGUGAGGAUGUCAGUGUGGAACCAGAGGGUGACCAGGGAUUGGAGAGUCUUCAGGGAAAGGAUGAUUAUGGUUUUUCAGGUUCUCAGAAAUUGGAAGGAGAAUUCAAACAACCAGUUCCCACGUCUUCCAUGCCACAGCAAAUCGGUGUUCCUACCAGUUCUUUAACUCAAGUUGUUCAUUCUGCUGGAAGACGGUUUAUAGUGAGUCCUGUGCCAGAAAGUAGAUUACGAGAAUCCAAAGUUUUCACCAGUGAAAUAUCAGAUACAGUUGCUGCCUCUACACCUCAGGGUCCUGGAAUGAAUUUGUCUCACUCUGCUUCAUCCCUUAGUCUCCAGCAGGCCUUUUCUGAACUUAGACAUGCCCAAAUGACUGAAGGACCCAACACAGCACCUCCGAACUUCAGUCACACAGGACCAACAUUUCCUCCUUUCUUGGGUAGUAUUGCUGGAGGCCCAACCACAGUAGCAGCUGCACCUUCAGUAUCAGUCCCUGUAUCAAGCAGCUCUCUUAAUGACAUUUCCACAUCAGUAAUUCAGGCUGAGGUUAUAGUGCCCACUGAAAAAGGGAUUGCUGGAGUUGCCACCAGCACGGGUGUGGUUACAUCAAGUGGUCUCCCUGUACCUCCUGUUUCUGAGUCACCUGUACUUGCUAGUGUGGGUUCAAGUGUCACCAUACCUGCAGUUGUCUCAAUGUCUGCAACAUCCCAGCCAGUUCAGGCCCCCACAUCUGGGAGCAUUGUUUGUAGUACAGGCACUUUGCCUUCUAUGACAGUUUCAACAACUUCAACGUCUGCAGUGGGCAGUGCUGCUGCCCCAGGUGCUAAGCCUCCAGUUGUGUUAUCUCAGCAGGCAGCAGGCACUACUGGGGUAGCUACAGUAACAUCAGUUUCUACCUCCGCUCCAUUCCCAACCAUAACUUCACAGCCAUCCCUUCAGCUUAGCAGCAGCACCUCUGCCCCCACCCUAGCUGAAACAGUGGUGGUUAGUGCACACUCACUGGACAAAACAUCUCAUAGCAGUACAACUGGAUUAGCUUUGUCCCUCUCUGCACCAUCUUCCUCUUCCUCUCCUGGAGUAGGAGUGGCUAGUUCUAUUUCUCAGCCUGGUGGAGUGCAUCCUUUAGUCAUCCCAUCAGUGAUAGCUUCUACUCCUGUCCUUCCUCAAGCAGCAGGACCUACUGCUACACCUAUGUUACCCCAAGUACCCAGUAUCCCACCCUUGGUACAACCUGUUGCCAAUGUUCCUGCUGUACAGCAGACUCUCAUUCAUAGUCAGCCUCAACCAGCUUUGCUUCCCAACCAGCCCCACACUCACUGUCCAGAAAUAGAUGCUGAUACCCAACCCAAAGCUCCUGGGAUUGAUGACAUAAAGACUCUGGAGGAAAAACUGCGGUCUCUUUUCAGUGAACACAGCUCUUCUGGAGCUCAGCAUGCCUCUGUCUCACUAGAGACGUCACUAGUAGUAGAGACUACGAUCACUCCAGGCAUCCCAACCACUGCUGUUGCACCAACCAAACUCAUGACUUCCACUACGAGUACUUGCAUACCACCAACAAAUUUGCCAUUAGGAACAGCUGGUUUGUCAGUUAUGUCAGUGACCACACCUGGGCAAGUUUCUACCCCAGGUAGCUAUGUUUCAGCCCCAGUCAGCACUACAUCAGGAGUGAAACCUGGAACUGCUCCCUCAAAGCCACCUUUAACUAAGGCUCCGGUGCUGCCAGUGGGUACUGAACUUCCAGCUGGUAUUCUGCCUAGCGAGCAGCUGCCACCUUUUCCUGGACCUUCACUAACUCAGUCACAACAACCUCUAGAAGAUCUUGAUGCACAGCUGAGAAGAACACUUAGUCCAGAGACUAUUACAGUGACAUCUGCAGUUAAUCCUGUGUCCAUGGUGGCUCCAACAGCAGUUACAGAAGCAGGAGCACAGCCUCAGAAGGAUGUUUCCCAAGGCACAGAAGGCCCUGUCCUAGCAACUAGUUCAGGAACUGGUGUUUUUAAGAUGGGGAGAUUUCAGGUUUCAGUUGCAAUGGAUGAUGCCCAGAAAGAGGAUAAAAAUAAGUCAGAAGAUGCAAAGUCUAUUCAUUUUGAGUCUAGCACAUCAGAGUCCUCAGUGCUAUCAAGUAGUAGUCCAGAGAGUACCCUAGUGAAGCCAGAUCCUAAUGGGGUAGCAAUCCAUGGUGUCUCCUCAGAUGUGCCAGAUAGUGCUCAAACUCCUGCCUCAGAAGCAAAGUCAGAAACCGGGCAACCUACCAAGGUGGGACGUUUUCAGGUGACAACUACAGCAAACAAAGUGGGUCGUUUCUCUGUAUCAAGAACUGAGGACAAGAUUGCUGAAGCAAAGAAAGAGGGACCAGUGACAUCUCCUCCUUUUAGGGAUUCAGAACAAGCUGUUCUCCCUGCUGUGAUACCAAAGAAAGAAAAGCCCGAACUGUCAGAGCCUUCACAUCUAAAUGGGCCAUCCUCUGACGUGGAGGCUGCUUUUCUAAGGGGGGAUGUGGAUGAUGGUUCAGGUAGCCCACACUCUCCCCGUCAGCUGUGCUCGAAGAGUCUUCCCAUCCAGAAUCUAAGUCAAAGCCUUAGUAAUUCAUUCAAUUCCUCUUACAUGAGUAGUGACAAUGAGUCAGACAUUGAAGACGAAGACUUAAAGUUAGAGCUUCGACGACUACGAGAAAAACAUCUUAAAGAGAUUCAGGACCUGCAGAGUCGCCAGAAGCAUGAAAUUGAAUCUCUGUAUACCAAAUUGGGCAAGGUUCCCCCUGCUGUCAUUAUUCCCCCAGCUGCUCCCCUUUCAGGGAGAAGAAGGCGACCCACUAAAAGCAAAGGCAGUAAAUCUAGUCGCAGCAGUUCCUUGGGAAAUAAAAGCCCACAGCUUUCAGGUAACCUGUCUGGUCAGAGUGCAGCUUCAGUCUUGCACCCCCAGCAGACCCUUCACCCUCCUGGCAACAUCCCAGAGACUGGGCAGAAUCAGCUGUUACAGCCUCUUAAGCCAUCUCCCUCCAGUGACAACCUCUACUCAGCCUUCACCAGUGAUGGUGCCAUUUCAGUACCAAGCCUUUCUGCUCCAGGACAAGGAACCAGCAGCACAAACACCGUUGGGGGAACAGUGAACAGCCAAGCUGCCCAAGCUCAGCCUCCUGCCAUGACAUCCAGCAGGAAGGGCACCUUCACAGAUGACCUGCACAAACUGGUAGACAACUGGGCCCGAGAUGCCAUGAAUCUUUCAGGCAGGAGAGGAAGCAAAGGACACAUGAAUUAUGAGGGCCCUGGAAUGGCAAGGAAGUUCUCUGCACCUGGACAGCUGUGCAUCUCCAUGACCUCAAACCUGGGUGGCUCUGCCCCCAUCUCUGCAGCAUCAGCUACCUCUCUAGGUCACUUCACCAAAUCUAUGUGCCCCCCACAGCAGUAUGGUUUUCCAGCUGCCCCAUUUGGCACUCAGUGGAGUGGGACGGGUGGCCCAGCACCCCAGCCACUUGGCCAGUUCCAGCCUGUAGGGACUGCCUCCUUGCAGAAUUUCAACAUCAGCAAUUUGCAGAAAUCCAUCAGCAACCCCCCGGGUUCCAACCUGCGGACCACUUAGUGAGACCUAGAGACAUUAACUGAGUAGAUCUGGGGGCAGGAGAUGGAAUGCUGAAGGGAGGGUGGGGGGAUGGGGAAGUAGCCUAUAUACUAACUACUAGUGCUGCAUUUAACUGGUUAUUUCUUGCCAGAAGGGAAUGUUUGUAAUACUGCUUUGAGCCCUCAGAAUGGAGACUCUCCUUCCCACUCCAUUUAUUGGAAUGGGACAAGGAGAGAGCAACUUUCUUGUGAAGGGGCUGCUUCAGUCUAUGCUUUCCUGUUUAUCUACACCCACCAGUGAGGCCUAGGGCUAGAAGAGAAUCUUGUUUUCAAGAAGCUACAAGAGAGCUCAAUGUAAAUCCAGUGCCCAUCUGUAUCUGCAAGUGGGUGGAGCUCUUAUUUGUGAUACAUGCCCCCAAUCCCUUACUCCCUCAAGAAUUCAAACCAUCAGACAAAAAAAAAAAAAAAAAAAAAAUGGGGUCCUCUCCUACUCUGCUCCCCACCUCCCCCUUUUUUUUCUCUUUUAGAACCCGGUGAAAAAUAUCAGUGGACUGGGGUUGCAACCCUUUCUUAUAAUAGGUCAUUAGUGCUUUAAGCAAAAGAUAUUAGCAGCUUUGACUGCAGCAUUAGCAAUUAGGAAAAAAAAAUACGUUCCCUGCGGACAUGUAACUUUGCCAUCAGUUUGAUGUGGAAACACUGUGAUAUAUAAAUGUUGUUGGACAACAGUAGUUUUAAGAGUAAAAUAUGAAAGGUUUAAAAAGUUCACACACACAAAAAAAAGCUAGCUCUGUCCUUUACUUAUUGAGACACUUUAACUUUUUCCUUUGUACUUCCAUUGUAUUAGAUAAAUAAAUGUGAAUGUAAAAUUGUAUAAAUUACUGUACUUGAAUACUUCUGUUCUCCCAGUAUUGCUUGCUGGAUAUUUUAGUGCCUUGGACUUCUAUUGCUUCUGCCAUUAGCAUCAAUUACCAGAUUCCAGAUCAACAAAGGGCCUGUGGAAAGAACAUUUAGGUCCAUGUGACCCCAGCAGUGGAUAUGCCAAAGGGAAAAGAGUAUUUUUUUUUUUUUUAAAGUCAUUCAACAGUUUUGUCUAGAGCAGGUAUGAGUAAGGUGAGAAGUUGACAUCAGUGGUUGAAAGCAGAAAGUUCUAUUUCAGGAAUAGUUAGGAGGGGUGUUAUAACAAAAUUGCACAAUUUAAAAGAUUAAAGGAGGUAUGAGCUAAGAGAAAGAAAAAGAAAGGUUAAUUAAAAGGGGAACACACUUGUUUUGAAGAUACCUGAUGCCUGGCCAGAUUGUGGUAAACCUUACUUAUUUGAGCUGGGCUUGAACAGAUGAGACCUGGAAGAAAUUAAACAUAAAGAGAAGGGGAGGGGGAGCUCGUUUUUAAGGUGGGAAGAGUGAUAGUGAAAAGUCACAGAUGGAGAAAGUUGCUCUAACAAAAACCAUUUGGGCUGCUCUCCUUAUGUACCUGCACCAUGCAUUUCUCAGCUUGGGGUACUCUAGUCUAUGGAAAGUGAACCUACUUCUGACUUAAUAAGCAUUGUAGCAAAGAAUGCUUUUUCUAUUUUCUCUAUGAUGAUGUCCAAAUGGUUGCAGGAUCAUAAUCUAUCGUGCCACCUGUUUCUACAUUUAUAACUAAUAUUCUCACAUAUUCAUUUACAUACUCCCCUUACAUAACUGCAACCAACCAGUAUUAUUUAAUGCUAUGCCUAGUUGUAAUGUGCAGUUCUGUUAUUUUCAGAACUUUCCAGAAGUACUGUCCUAAUUGACUAUGUUUGGGAUAUUCUCAGAACGUGGGGAAAGAAACUAGGACUCUUUCUUGGGUGCUGCUUCUCUUGACUUAGUUGGGACAUGCCAUAUUUUCAACCUUUCACCCACCUCAGUGGCACAUCCCCAGAGCCUCCAUGAUAAGAAGAGCCUGGUAGCUAUCCAAUCUUUUUUGUUCCUUUUUGGCCCUGGUCCUGUUUUCUUUAUUAAGUUGGCCUAGGCCCAGAGAUGCAAAUGAGAACUAAAGGUUUUCAGGAGGUAGAAAUGAAAGGGGCAAGGGUUCCAAGCCCUGCUUCAGAAGUGUUGAACUAUUUUUCUUUGCUUAUAAUUCUUGGGGAGAGGGUAAGAGUGAGAACAAAGAAGGUGGCGAGUAAAUGAGAAAUGGAUCACUUGAGGUGAAUGAAAUGAUAAGUUUCUACCAGAGGAAUGAGGGUGCCAAAUGCAGCACAUUGUUUUGUUAUUUUGGUUUAGCAAUUUUGAGGUCUUUUCACUCACACAAAAAUAAGAACUGGUUUUAUUUACUGUUGAUUUUUCCCCUGCCUGUGGAUGAAAUAACUGAAGCCUAGAGGAAUGAACUAGUGCUACUGAACUGUUUAAAUUAUUUUUGUUAAUAGUACCCUUCGAGUAUCUUUUUCCACAUUAAAAAGAACUUUCUGAACUAUAAAUGUUUUCCUUACAUUAUUUAACAAUGUACACUGUUUAAAAAAACAAACUGAAUUCAAACCUUGGGGGUUUCUCAGCAGCCGUUAAUUGUACAUUUUGCACUAACUCUGGGUGUUGCGCUUCUUGUAAGAUUGCGCUUUGUGCUUCAGUUUGUUACCUUUGUAGACUUAUUUAAUGAAACCAUUCAAAUAAACCAAACUUGCUUUUGUUGA